UGGACAGUAAGGAUACCGCUUGGAAUACUCUUCCUCUGUUUCUCUCUUACUUCCAGCAGGUUCUGUUCAGGAACGCAGCCAGGUGACGGUGUGUGUGUCGGGCCGGGCGGUCCAGGUCUACACAGUGUGUGUGUACAAUGCUGCGAGUGUUUGUCCUGUGUGCUGAGAGGCUUCAUACAGAAGACGAUGACGUCAGUGAUGCCUACUGCAGAGUCGUCUAUGAAGGAUCGAAAAAGAAGACAAAAGUCAUCAAGAAUAACAUAAACCCUGUCUGGAAUGAGGGUUUUGAGUGGGACCUGAAGGGAAUACCUCUGGAUUCAGGAGCUGAGCUUCAUUUGGUGGUCAAGGAUCACGAGAAGAUGGGGAGGAACAGGUUUCUGGGGGAGAGUCGAGUGGCUCUCAGAGACAUCCUCAACUCCUCUAACCUGGCUGCUAGCUUCACUGUGUCCCUACUGGACACCAAGAGGAACAAUACUGGGGCCACACUGAGCCUGCAGGUUUCCUACAUCCCUCCCCCAGGAAUGACUCCUUUCUUCCAGCCUCCUCCUCAGCCAGAGGCCCGGGAGAAACCUGUGGAGCUGGACACUGUCACAGUCUUCUCAUUGGACACCAUGGGUGAGGAGGACACAGAGAGCAUGUUGAUGAUGGAGCAGACAGAUGACCCAGACACCGGGAGUCACCAGGGACCCCAUCAGGGGGGCCAGGGCGGCCAAGAGACCCCCACAGCCCAGACCCCUAAACGGGCCCCCCCUAACUACACCCCUGGAGUGAAGAGAAAGAAGAGGCAGCAGGGUAACAAGGCACCGCUCCCAAACAAACCACAGGACCUGCAGGUGCGCGUUCGAGUCAUCGAAGGCCGACAGUUGCCGGGCAUCAACAUCAAACCGGUCGUCAAGGUUACUGUUGGUGGGCAGUCCAAGAGGACUCGCAUCAGGAAAGGAAACAACCCAGUGUUUGAUGAGACUUUCUUUCUGAACUUCUUUGAGAGUCCGUCAGACCUCUUCGAUGAGCCCAUCUUCAUUACUGUUUUUAACUCCAUGUCGCUGCGAACUGACUCAGUGAUAGGAGAAUUCAAGCUUGAUGUUGGCACGGUCUACAACGAGAGCAGACACGCCUUCUUGAGGAAGUGGCUCCUCCUCUCUGACCCUGACGACCUCUCGGCCGGGGCCAAAGGUUAUCUGAAGGUUAGCCUCUUCGUAUUGGCUGCAGGCGACGAAGCUCCAGUGGAUAGGAAGGAGGGAGUGGUGGAUAAGGAGGAUAUAGAGGGGAACCUGUUGCGUCCUGCUGGACUCACACUCAGAGGAGCCAUCUUCACACUCAAAGUAUUCAGAGCUGAGGACCUGCCUCAAAUGGACGAUGCCUUUAUGGAUGGGAUGAGACAGGUCCUGGGAUUCGACAGCAACAGGAAGAACCUGGUUGACCCCUUAGUUGAAGUCAACUUCGCUGGAAAAACGAUGUGCAGUAAGAUCAUGGAGAAGAAUGCCAACCCUCAGUGGAAUCAAAGCCUGGCCAUGCCCAUACGGUUUCCCUCCAUGUGUGAAAAGAUGAGGGUUCGUGUCCUGGACUGGGACCGAGCCAGCCACAAUGAUGUCAUCGGGACCGCCCAUCUCUCCAUGUCUAAGAUCUCUGCCCCGGGAGGAGCGAUAGAGGAUGAAUUGGUCCCAAGGAACCUUCAAAGUUUCAUGGAUGACAGUCUGGGUUUCCUGCCGACCUUUGGCCCCUGCUACGUCAACCUUUACGGAAGCCUCAGGGAGUUCACCGCCUUCAACGACCCCCACGAGGCUCUCAACUUGGGCAAGGGUGAGGGAGUAGCGUGUGGUCGUGUUCUGAUGGAGCUCAGUACCAAGCUGGUGGACACGGUGCAGGCCAGUGUAGAAGACAUAACCAACGAUGACCUAUUGGUGGUACAGAAAUUCAUGCGUAAGAGAAAGUAUUCUCUCUUUGCGUCGUUCUACUCUGCCACGCUCCUCCAGGACGUUGACGACGCGAUACAGUUUGAGGUCAGCAUCGGUAACUACGGUAACAAGUUUGACAACACCUGUCUUCCUCUGGCUUCAACGACGCAGUUCAGCCGAGCUGUGUUCGACGGUUGUCACUACUACUACCUCCCGUGGGGUAACGUAAAACCAGUGGUGGUCCUGUCUUCAGAGUGGGAGGACGUUAGGCCACGUAUAGAAGCACUCAACAUGAUCCUGGCUAUGGUCGACCGACUGGAAUCUAACCUAAAGGAAGUCCAGUUGGAGCUGAAGUCAGGAAGUGACCUGGAGGAGGUUGAGCUAAAGGUGGUCAAUCUAUUGGAUCAGGUCAUCGCUGAUUGCAGGGUGGAGCUACCGUUGUUAGACGACUGGUCUUGUGUAACUCAGUUAGACCGUGCCCUCAGACACCUGAGACUGAAUAACCUACAGCAGAUAGAAGAGGCUGCCACAGCUCUGAAACACGGACCAGCUACUGACCUGUCUACAGUACUGGACCAAGCUGAGGACUGGGCACUCAGGCUACACACCAUGGCUGAGGAGCCCCAGAACAGUCUACCAGACAUAGUGAUCUGGAUGCUACAGGGAGAUCGUAGAGUGGCAUACCAUCGUAUCCCUGCACACACUGUCCUCUUCUCACAGAGACACUGUGGCAAGCACUGUGGGGAGCUACAGACCGUCUUUCUGAAGUACCCCCAAGGUGGAUCAGGAGCCAGUAAGCUUCCGGCUCAGAUCAGAGUCAAGGUCUGGUUCGGUCUGGCUGCAGACGUAAAGCACUUCAAUCAGUUUGCCGAAGGAAAACUGUCUGUGUUCGCUGAAACGUAUGAGAACCAGACUAAGCUGGCUCUGGUGGGUAGCUGGGGAACCACAGGACUGACCUACCCCAGGUUCAGUGAUGUUACAGGCAGGGUGAAGUUACCCAAGGAGUCCUUCAAACCCUCACCGGGCUGGAGCUGGGCUGGGGAGUGGGUCAUCAGCCCAGAGAAGACGAUGCUGUAUGAUACAGAUGCAGGUCACAUGUCCUUCACAGAGGAGGUGUUUGAGAACCAGAUGAGGUUACCGGGAGGGCAGUGGAUCGGCAUGCCAGAAGGAUACACAGAUGUGAACGGGGAGAAGGCGGUGCCUAAGGACGAGGUCGAGUGUCCUCCGGGGUGGGUCUGGUCUGAUGAAGAGUGGAGCGAAGAUCUGAACCGGGCUGUGGACGACCAAGGUUGGGAGUACGGCCUGACUAUUCCCCCAGAUCGGAGGCCCAAGGCCUGGGUACCAGCCGAGAAGAUGUACCAUACCAACCGCCGUCGCCGUUGGAUACGCCUCAGACGCAGAGAUAUGCAGAAGAUGGAGGCUCUGAAGAAGCAGCGACCAGAUGAAGCAGAGAGAGAGGGAUGGGAGUACGCAUCUCUGUUUGGAUGGAGGUUCCAUCUUACACCCCGGAAGACAGACUCAUUCAGGAGGAGGAGAUGGAGAUGUCGUAUGGAACCACUGGAGAAGACGGGCCCUGCUGCUAUCUUCGCCCUGGAGUGUUCGCUGGGGAGUGUGACGGAGGAUAAGAGUGAUGAGAAAUCUGUGACGGCGACCUUUGGGGUCAACCGCCCUACCAUUUCCUGCCUCUUCCACAGUGGGACUCGCUACCACCUGCGCUGUUACCUGUACCAAGCCAGAGAGCUGCUUGCCAUGGACAAAGACAGCUUCUCAGAUUCCUAUGCUAUAGUUUCGUUCCUCCACCAGAGCCAGAAGACCGUGACUGUGCGUAACACGUUGAACCCCACCUGGGACCAGACACUCAUCUUCUAUGAGGUGGAGGUGUUUGGAGAUGCUGCUGUGACAGAGAGAAGCCCUCCGAACGUCGUGGUGGAGCUGUACGAUCAGGAUACAUAUGGGGCAGAUGAGUUCAUGGGUCGCUGUGUGUGUCAGCCCUCCACGACCCCCUCCCCUCGUCUGGCCUGGUAUCCAAUCAGGAUGGGAGACAGGAGCGCAGGAGAGCUACUGGCUGCCUUUGAACUCAUACGACGAGAGAAGCCCGCUGUUCAUCACAUCCCUGGACAGGAGGGAGACAUCCCCCCUCACAUUAUAGAUGAGGUCUUUCUCACUGGAUUCCUCUCAGAACACCAGCAAUGGCCCAAGGAUUCCGACCUCCCGAACCCUCCCCCCCAGAGAGAACCCAACAUCUACAUGGUUCCUCAGGGGAUCAAACCUGUUCUACAACGUACUGCUGUAGAGAUCUUGGCAUGGGGAGUGCGUAACCUGAAGAGCUUCCAGCUAGCUAGCGUUACCUCUCCCAGCUUACAGGUGGAGUGUGGAGGCAUCAUGGUUCAGUCCUGCGUCAUACGAUCUACAAAGAAGAAACCCAACUUCGACAUCAACACACUCUUAAUAGACGUGAGACUGCCCUGUGAGGAGCUUUAUAUGCCACCUAUCAUUCUGAAGAUCAUCGACAACAGACAGUUUGGUAGGAAACCGGUGGUGGGACAGUGUACAAUCAGGAACCUAGAGGACUAUCGCUGUACCCCUGAGGAAGAGGGGGAGGAGGAAGAGGACGAGCUUGAGGAGGUUGUCCAGACGCCUCGUGACGAUGUUCUGAUCGACAUCGAUGACAAGGAACCCCUCAUCACCUCACAGUUUACAGACGGAACCAGUUCUGCCAUUAUUAACAUCUCUGGCUCCUCCAGCCAACAUGAGGAGGAAGUGAUGGACUGGUGGUCGAAGUUCUAUGCUUCGACCGGAGAGACGAACAAGUGUGGAAACUACCUGGAGAAGGGAUGUGACACACUACAGGUGUAUGACAGGCCACUGGAGAAGACAGAGGGAUUUGAGAGGCUGGCAGACUUCUGCCAGACCUUCAAGCUGUACCGUGGGAGGAACCAGGACGAAGGAGAGGACCCUUCUAUAGUCGGAGAGUUCAAGGGUAUGUUCAAGAUCUAUUCUCUCCCAGAUGACCCCUCGACCUCCGCACCUCCCCGACAGUUCCGUCAGCUACCCUCCAACAGCAUCGAAGAGUGUCUGGUCAGAGUCUACAUCAUACAAGCCUCCGGACUUCAACCUAAAGACUCCAACGGCAAGUGUGAUCCGUACGUGAAAAUCACUCUGGGCAACAAGUCCAUCAACGACCAUGACAACUACCUACCUUGCACCCUGGACCCUGUGUUUGGAAAGUUGUUUGAGCUGUCCUGCUCCCUGCCCAUAGAGAAGGACCUAAGGAUCCAGUUGUAUGAUUAUGACAUGUUGACUAAAGACGAGAAGAUCGGAGAGACCGUUAUUGAUCUGGAGAACAGAUUCCUGUCCCGCUACGGAGCGUGCUGUGGCUUACCCCAGUCCUACUGCCUAUCUGGUGUGAACCGGUGGAGAGACCAGUUGAAACCAUCUCAGCUGCUUGUCAGACUAUGUGAGAGGAGGUACUACAGGAGACCGGUCUAUAAACAGGACAGAGUCUUCUUCAGAGGUCGUGAAUACACUGCUGCUGACUUGGACGACGCGAAGCCCCCCAACCCUCACCUGGGGCCCUUAGUGGAACGUUUGUCCCUACUGAUCCUGCGGAGACAGGGGCUGGUUCCUGAACAUGUGGAAACACGAGCCCUCCUUAGUCCUCUUCAGCCUGACAUGGAACAGGGGAGACUGCAGUUGUGGGUGGAUGUCUUCCCCAAGUCCCAGGGUCCUCCUGGACCUCCCUUCAACAUCACACCACGCAAGGCCAAGAAGUUCUACCUGCGUUGCAUCAUAUGGAACACAAGUGAUGUCAUCCUGGAUGAUGUCAGCAUGACCGGGGAGAAGAUGAGUGACAUCUACAUCAAGGGGUGGCUCCACGGCCACGAAGACCGUAAACAGAAGACAGACGUCCACUAUCGCUCUCUGGGAGGAGAGGGAAACUUCAACUGGAGAUUCCUGUUCCCCUUCCACUACCUACCAGCCGAACAACUCUGUACCAUCGACAGGAAGGAACACUUCUGGAGUCUGGAUAAGAACGAGAUGAAGGUUCCUCCUAAAAUCACCAUCCAGAUCUGGGACAACGACAAGUUCUCUUUUGAUGACUAUCUCGGUUGUCUAGAGAUGGAUCUGCAUCACAUGCAGCGACCAGCCAAAUCCCCAGAGAAGUGUACCUUAGACAUACUGUCACAGGGACAGGAUAAACUGGUGUCGCUGUUCCAACAGAAGACGGUCAAGGGCUGGUGGCCGUGUGUGUGUGACAGCAACGGGGAGAAGAUCCUCGCUGGUAAAGUGGAGAUGUCUCUAGAGAUAGUUUCAGAACAGGAACAGGAUGAGAGACCAGCAGGACAGGGCAGAGACGAACCAAACAUGAACCCUCACCUGGAGGAUCCACAACGUCCUGAGACAUCGUUCCUGUGGUUCUCCUCUCCCUACAAGACGUUGAAGUACAUCCUGUGGGGGAGAUACAAAUUCCUCAUCCUCCUCUUCAUCCUCCUCUUCUUCCUCUUCCUCUUCAUUGGAGUCUUCCUCUACUCCUUCCCUAACUAUGCAGCCAUGAAGAUGGUCGGACCGUUCAGUGGACCUGCUAAAGGAACUAAAUGAACAACUAGCUAAAUAAAAAAAUAAAAAGAUAACAACAAGAGGAGAGAAGGAGAUGAAAACAUCAGAGGAAAACCACAGAGGAAGAGAAGGAGAGGAAAACCACAGAGGAAGAGAAGGAGAGGAAAACCACAGAGGAAGAGAAGGAGAGGAAAACCACAGAGGAAGAGAAGGAGAGGAAAACCACAGAGGAAGAGAAGGAGAGGAAAACCACAGAGGAAGAGAAGGAGAGGAAAACCACAGAGGAAGAGAAGGAGAGGAAAACCACAGAGGAAGAGAAGGAGAGGAAAACCACAGAGGAAGAGAAGGAGAGGAAAACCACAGAGGAAGAGAAGGAGAGGAAAACCACAGAGGAAGAGAAGGAGAGGAAAACCACAGAGGAAGAGAAAAGCCAAAGAAAAGAUCAACUGACUGAAUAACCUAAAAGAGAGAAGAAGAGGAGCAGGAGGGUGGCAGGGUUGCCGAGCUAGUUAGCUGUUAGCAGCCACUGAAAAGUCACUGAGCCGACUAGGUGGAAAAUCUCUCGAUGUGCCCUUGAGCAAGGCACUUAACCCCAAUUGCUCCUGUAAGUUGCUCUGGAUAAAUGCGUCCGGUAUACACAAACCGGUCAAAGGUUUUAGAAAAUACCUACUCAUUCAAAGGUUUUAGAAAAUACCUACUCAUUCAAAGGUUUUAGAAAAUACCUACUCAUUCAAAGGUUUUAGAAAAUAACUACUCAUUCAAAGGUUUUAGAAAAUACCUACCCAUUCAAACGUUUUAGAAAAUACCUAGGUUUUUCUUGCCAACAGUGUGCAAAGCUGUCAUCAAGGCCAAAGGUGGCCACCGCUUUUUUGAUUACUACAUGUUUCCACAUGUGUUAUUUCAUCGUUUUGAUGUCUUCACUACGGGGCGGCAGGGUAGCCUAGUGGUUAGAGCAUUGGACUAGUAAUCGAAAGGUUGCAAGUUCGAAUCCCCGAGCUGACAAGGUACAAAUCUGUCGUUCUGCCCCUGAACAGGCAGUUAACCCACUGUUCAUAGGCCGUCAUUGAAAAUAAGAAUUUGUUCUUAACUGACUUGCCAUGAAAAUAAAGGUAAAAUAAAAAAAAUUAUACAAUGUAGAAAAUAGUUAAAAUAAAGAAAAACCCUUGACUUAGUAGGUUUGCUAAAAACUUUUGACCGUUAGUGUACGACUACCGUGUUAAAGUUACAUGAGAGAGGAAGAGAGAGAAAGACACAUCAACAAAUGACUUCCCCACAUCUUCUUCUGAUCUUUGAAAUCUCCCACAACGUAGCCUGGUAACUGUCACUGGCAUCCUAUUCUUCACGGCACAACACUUUUCCAUCAAUCAUCUGCAAAAAAUAAUACUAUAAAAUUCAAUUAGAGAGUUCAAUGUGUGUGUCUGUGUGUUCCUACGCUGGUCUCGCCCCAGUACUGAACCCUCGCCCCGUUCAUUUUCAUUCCGUCUCCCUUUAAUGUCUCUCCCUCCUUCUUUUUUUCUGUCUCUCUCUCCCUCUAAUUCCUCUUUCAUCCCUCCUUCCUUCAUGUCGUCAAGAAAAUGUUGCCCUCUUUUCACAGCGAGGAGCUCCUAUCUUCUUUUCUUCAUGCAGAGAGGGGGGUAGAUCUUCCCCCCUCGUCUCUUUCAACUUUCCCUUGUUCCCUGUGCUGGGUUAAGUCAUGGAUUUGUUCAUUGUGUUCGGGCGGCUGGUGAUUAUUAGAUAUCAUGCUGUGUGUGAGACACACACACACACACACACACACACACACACACACACACACACACACACACACACACACAUUAUUUUUCAGUUCAUGUUUUUCCAAAGUGAAUGUACUGUUAUAGCCUACAAAUGCAAACCAUGAUCAAAGUAAUGUACAGACAGACACAGACAGACAGACAGACAGACAGACAGACAGACAGGUUGAUUGAUUGAUUGAUUGAUUGAUUGAUUGAUAGAUCUAACUGUAGCCUAAAAUAAGCGGCUGACCCCCCCCCCCCUGCCCCCCCACCCCAAAGGCUUAUGGAAAAACCCUCUGUUGUUUCCCAAAACAAGUGGCUGGUGAUCACUGUCUC